GCGGAGCAGCGAUGGCAGGGGUAGAGCCGACACCGACGCUCAGAGAGGAAUGAGAACUUGUCGGGGAUGGCGGACAAACCUCUGACGGUGUUCGUGAAGCUGUUCGCCGCGGGGUUUUACGGUCUGAGCUCGUUUCUCAUCGUCGUGGUGAAUAAAAGCGUCCUCACUAACUACAGGUUCCCUUCUUCAAUAUGUGUCGGAAUUGGACAAAUGUUGGCCACUGUGCUUGUGCUGUGGGUGGGCAAGGCUGCGAGGGUGAUCAGCUUCCCGGACUUUGAUGAGACUAUACCUCGCAAGACGUUUCCUCUACCUCUUCUUUAUGUGGGAAAUCAAAUCACUGGUCUGUUUGGAACCAAAAGGCUUAACCUGCCAAUGUUCACUGUCCUCAGGAGGUUCUCCAUUUUAUUCACAAUGCUGGCUGAGGGACUUCUGCUCAAGAAGAAAUUCUCCAGGCCAGUCCAACUGACAGUAUUUACAAUGAUCCUCGGGGCGUUCAUAGCCGCAAGUGCUGACUUGUCCUUUGACCUGCAAGGCUACGUGUUCAUCCUCCUGAACGAUGUGCUGACUGCAGCCAACGGAGCCUAUGUGAAACAAAAAUUAGAUGCGAAGGAGUUGGGGAAGUAUGGAUUAUUGUAUUAUAAUGCAUUAUUUAUGAUAAUUCCCACGCUGCUGUUGGCUCAUGUGACUGGAGAUAUGCAGAAGGCGGUGGAAUAUGACGGAUGGUCUGAUAUGAUUUUCCUCAGCCAGUUCAUCCUCUCAUGUAUCAUGGGGUUUGUUCUGAUGUAUUCCACAGUGCUCUGCACACAGUACAACUCUGCUUUAACAACCACCAUCGUGGGCUGCAUCAAGAACGUCCUGGUCACAUACAUCGGGAUGGUGUUCAGUGGAGACUACAUUUUCUCUUGGACCAACUUCAUAGGUUUGAAUAUCAGUAUUGCGGGCAGCUUGAUCUACUCCUACAUCACUUUCACAGAGGAGCAGACCAGCAAAACAAGUGACAACAACAAGCUGGACAUCAAGGGCAAGGUGGUUGUAUGACAGACACUGGAUUUAAGUAUUUUUAUGCUGAUGAAAAGGAAAACUCUAUUUUUAGUACGACUUUUAUUUAUGGAGUAUUUUAGUAGCAAAGGUGAGGAAUUGUUGGGGAUGGUGUCAAGGCGAAAGCCAUGCCUGCACCAUGACUCUCCUGUUGCUGCCAUGGUUACGAAACCCUCCAGAGGGAUUGUGGGUUGACUUUUAGAUGGUGUUUUCUUUUUAAAUAUUUGUAUUUUGAUACUGUACUUGUGAGUAUUGAGAAGGGAAACAUGGAAGCCGUGUUAUUUAUAUUAGAACAUUUCCUGACAUUUACACAAAGUGAGCGUUUAAAUGUUGGGAUGACGUCACGUUUCCUGGACAGGAGUGUAAGAGAGAUAUGAUCAAUCGUUUGAAGCGUGGGUGUGUACUGACGAAUCAUGGGAAUACUACAUGAUUAUUUUAAAGGCACAAUCCUUACUUUUUAAUGCCUUUUCUGUUUUGCUGUUUACAAGGAAUGUAACUUUAGAUGCCUUCUAAGCACAGUGAGAUGCACUGACACUGUCAUUAUCUGUUUCACUCUUCAGUACAUUUCUUUACAUUUUUGCGCAUACACUGUUAUAAGCUUGUUACAGACGGACGGUAAUGACAGUGAUCUAACCUCAUCCUUUAAACAACCAAAGUGAAUGGGCAGUGGGCUGUCGAUCCCCAUCGAGGAUUGUGGCUUUAAAUAAUGUUGCUGCCUCCUUUUCGGAGAAAAUUUAAAGUUGACAGUUUACAUUUACUCCCUCAGUAUUACAGAACGUUUGUUGUGGAUACUCCAAGGCUGCAGCUGGUUCUCUCUAUGCAGAAUUAACAAACAAGGGGACCCAGUACUUUUUUUCACACAAUGUAAUCGCACUUUUAACUGAGGUCGGUCCUGCAAAAGGGUGAAACUGAGUUGCUUCACCUCCUGUUACAUUCAUGUGUUGAAUGAGAUUAUUGAACCUUCCUGAAACGUACAUUUCAGGUUUUUUAAGUAUUACAAGAGAAACUUGGUUGUCUAAACUUUAAUAGUCAGGUACAUGUUUUUUUUUUUUUUUUUUUUACAUUUUUAUCUACAUCAUUUUAUAUUUAUUACUUUUUUAGACUAAUAUUCAUUUUGUAGGUGGAGUGGGUUGUAAAUUGUUGAUGCUGAUCUCAUAUCGAACAGUAACCAUGGAUUUGUAGCUGAAACCUGAUCAUGUAUUUUUACAUUAAAAAUAACUCUGACA